UCCUGCACUGCUUCUCACCCUGCAGCCUGCCCCCAGCCGAGCGACCUCACCCCCAGCCGCCGGCCAGCCCAAGCCCAGUGCAGCCCGCUCUCCGCGACGCUCGAGCAUUGCACUUAGCGAGAUUGACACGUGAAGAUAAUCGAUAGCCAGGCCGUUGCUCGCGAAUCUUCAACCACGUCUCCCGCACGCCCACUCCCCCUCGAGUGACUCCCGCCAGCUUCUCCCGCGCUGCCUGCGCGUCCAUCGCGCUUCAAUCCCCUCGCACCUCCCCCGCCGCCCCGCUCAGACGCCACGCUCGUCGCUGCACGAGCUUGGCGACGACGGCGUCCGCACAUGUGGGCUACAGCAUCGCGGGUAGUCUCGUCGACAACCUUCCUCGGCGCCAUCAUCUUCACCAUACCCCUCGCAUUCGACAUUGGCGGCCGCACCUGUGGCCUCGCCUUCUCCCUCUCCCUCAGCGCCUACUACUUCGUCUACUCGAUACUGCGCCUGGCCACGCCAGACUCUUCGCGCUUCAGAUGGUUCCUGUGUAAUGUAAUAGCUUGGGCGCAGUGGCUGGCCAUACCCACCCUCUUGAUCUGGAGCCUCAACAAGUUCUCCAUCGAUGCCGACGCCAACUCGGGCUGGGUCGAGCGCACUUUUGGCGGCAAGCGAGCCGACUUCGCGACAGUGCAGGAAUGGAUCUUUGGCAGUGAGGGACUGCUGCAGAGUGCGUCGAUAGGCGCCUGGGACAAGACAUUGCGAUACAGCACGCCCGUCUUCCAGAUCGCUGAGGGCUUCUGCAGUCUUCUGGUCAUUCAAGCCGCAGGCCAGAUUACCAAAUGGGUGGUGAACAAGGAACGUGGUGACAGCUGGAUGAUCGGCCUUCUCAUCACCUCUGCGUCCAUCAUCUCGACCUCCGUUUACUUCCUCUGGCGCAUCACUACCUUCCCCGAGAUCAGCAACGUCGACGCCAUCCUGAUCGGUGUCGCUAUCACAACCGCCAUCUUUCUCGGUGGAUGGGGUAUCGUCAGUGCUAGAGGCAACCCGGUCGAAUCUUCGCUUUUGUUCGCCUAUGUCACUCUCUGCAUCUACCAGAUUUUCACCGACUACCAGCCAUCGCCCGGUUCCCUUGCGGAGUCGAGCGCUCCCUCAGAUCCCGCUCUCCCACCGCUACCACCUAUUAUCAUGGCUUCAUACACUACACUUCUCCACGCGCUAGGCUCUCUGCCUACCAUUGCCCAUACCGGCUUCAACCUCAUGGUCGGUGCAGUCAUGACCAUCACGCCUUCCGUAAUCAUAUCCCUCGCCUACCGCGUCUUCGUCAUGUACGCCGCGGCGCGCAUCAUCCCCGCCAUCAGAGAAAGCGGCGCCCGCGCAUUAUCGCAAGAACCAAGUCUAGAUGAUGACGACGAGACCUCCAAGAUCCUAGGCUUCCUAACCUGGUUCAGCCCCAGCAUCAUCAUCGCAGUCUACACCAGUCUGCUGAUGCAGCACUUUGCCAGCGGAAACGGCGGCGACGGAAGUGCUGUGACAGGCGAGUGGUGGACAAACCAAGGCGGCGAUGCCGGCGGCAACUUUUGGAGAUGGAUUAAUCUUGGCAUCACCAUGGGUCUCUACGCCAUUGAACUGAAGAUCUCGAACGCAGAUGACGAUGGCCGGUUAACAAGUCACUGGAAGACGGACUAGAGUUUGUACUUAGAUGGCGGAACCAGCAAACCACCCAGCCUGGGUACGUUGGAGCGAGGAAAGG